AUGAACAUCAUAGCUACAUACCACCCGGCAGGCAAAGAUUACGGCCUGAUGAAAAUAGAUGAGCCAAGUACUCCUUACCACAGCAUGGUAGGAGAAGAUGAUGAAGACGCAGUGAGCGAUUCAGAAUCAAAUGAACCCUUAAAAGCAGAUGUGUUGAGUAAAAAACUGGCAGCUGCAGCUGAAGGUAAAGGACCCAAGAUUAUAGCAAAACAAGAGGAAAGCAGUGAGGAGGAGGAAGAGGAUGAAGAAUUAACACCUGAAGAACGAGAGAAGAAGAAACAGUUUGAAAUGAAGAGAAAAAUGCACUACAAUGAAGGACGAAACAUCAAACUGGCAAGACAGCUCAUUGCAAAGGAACUGCAUGGUGAAGAAGAGGAUGAUGAUGAAGAUGAAGAGAUGCAUGAUGCUGCAGAUGUAGAAACAAUGAAUACAGAAGCUACCGAACAUGGGGAAAGGAGGGCUCCAGUAUGACCUUUCUCCAUGGCUUGAAGCUGCCAUCCCUCUGCUCUCUGCUGUAAAACAGAGGCAACUCCGCUCGCCAGCUGCAUUCACCAGUGGAAAGAAGGCACACCUUUGCAGCAUUUUUCCAUCUCUAUUGUUGAAGUCCAUUCCACCUUGCCUCAUAACCAGCUGCAGAGCCACAACUGACUGAGAUUUCUUGCUGAUUGAAUUGAAGAUGGCCAGUCCAGUCAGUGAUGCACAUGCUACUCGUGACCAGCUGGAAAGCAGAGCACACAGCAUAGAAGAAAUCUGUCCAGAACUGUAACUGCUUGUCAAAGACACAAAUGUAAACAUCGCUUCAUGAUUUUUGCGAUUAAGGCUCUUAAAUAUUGAGAAGCAUAUCAGUUACAAUGUUGUAUUGCCAAGAAUGUUAAUUUUAGAUUUGUCCAUUAGGCAGAAAAAACUGUCUAAUUGAUUUAUUCUUGUGCCUAGUAUUUCAUGGAGAAUACUGCUUCAUAAUCUGUUCAACCAGAAUGGCAUUCCCUGUAUGUAUAACGCUGAUCAUCUUGCGUAAUGUACUGUUACUCUUAAUGCUUCAAAACAGACAGUAUCUUUUGGCUUUUCACUAUUUAUUUGACAGUGUUCUAGGUGUGGUAUCUUUUAUGGAAAGGUUUGGGAUUCAAGAGCCAAACGGUACAGCAUAUAUCAGAUUGACAUGCAAGCUAUUUAUCAGAUGUGUUAAGCAGUUUAAAAAAGGGAUUAUUUAAGUCUUACAACUUUUUUGUAAAAUGUUGACCUGUUACUCUAGAUUUCAGGACGUUAUUACCUGUACUUUCCCAGUCUUUAGAAGAGCUGUAUUAUUAUUUUUAAGAGUGGUGUUUGGAAUCGGUUGGUAGUUUCUGACUAAGGCAGCACUAAUUUCUGGUGGAGGGAAUGUUUUUACACUGGAAAUGUGCAAACUUGAACUUCACAUUUAACUGUCAUGACCUCUUCUGUCGGGACUGGAUGUUUUGUGGAGCUCUCUUUGGCCUGUCAUGAGAACAUGGAAGUUGCCUCCAACAUUUCUCUUAAAACCACACCCACUGUCACUCUUCUGGCUC